GAAAAGUAUCAUAUGCAAUACGCUGCAGCAAGCCUGGAUUUGGGUCGGUCCUUCUAGUCCUGACUCCUGGUCAUCAUCCCAACUUGACAACUGCCAGUCCCACCGAACGCGUGAUACAAUCCCUACUACUUCAACUCACCUUUCGGCAUCGAACUCGGGACACAAUGUUGGGCCGGCAGUCUCACGACAAGUUACCGCGCAGCCAGUUGACGACGACGUUAGUGCUGUCGGCCUCCAAAUAUAUCUUCCUGGUCUUGCUAUUGAUUAAUCUUCGGUCUCUACCGUUUGCCUGGCACAUUCGCGUGUUCCUACCAGUUCUGCGACUCCGUCUCCAGUACUACCUCCUACGACUUCGCAUCUUGUUCAAGUCCAAAGAGCUUAAGGCAAAGAUCCUUGCCGACUGGGGCGAAGGUUUAUGCCCAGUUGGCACAAACCCCUUCGAGCUCGUGACCAUUCAUCAUGGCUGGACGAGCGUGGACGACGCCGAUUACAAUGGACACCUCAGCAAUUCCAGUUACGCGAAGGCCCUUGAUGCAGCCCGUUUGAAACUGGUUCUGAAGGCUUUCCCUGCUUUCGCAAGGAGUGGCGGGUGGAUGGCUCUGGGUUCUACUCACUUUCAUUUCAUUCGAGAAAUACCGUUCUUGAGGAGCUAUGAAAUAAGACUUUCCAUCGGGGCAUGGGACCAUAAAUGGAUGUUCGUUAUUGCUCGCUACGUCUCUUCCACAAAGAAGAAGCACAGUAAUGCCACCCAUAAACUACAUGUGGACGGAUCAGGUCAGCAACUGGGGACUAAUAAUGAUAGCACCAGACCAUCAAAGACACUGACAACAUCGAGUGACUUUCCUCGGAUUUUGCUGAGCACGCCUGCGGAAGACUUGGCCACCCCUGCAACCCCCGGCAAUACGACUGAGGCGGACUACAACCUUCAAGCUGAAAAGACGAAAAAAGAAAUAGAAGCUUUGGCUGCCGCACAGUCAAACAUACCUGAGCCCGACGGUGCCGUACUUCACUGUGUGGCGAUCUCAUACAUUUGCUUCAAGCACGGCCGCAUCACAGUGCCUCCUAGCGUUAUUCUCCCAUGCGAAGGAUUCUCGAAACCUCCCAGUACUGCUUCUGCCGCGCCGUUCUCGUCGACGAACCCUCCACCUCACUGGAAGAAGGCCCAAGCAUUGCGCGUCGCUCCAUCAGGUAGUAUACCUGCAUUUGCGAAAUUUCUGAAAGGAGGCUGGCGCGAUGUGCCUGAAGACGAGAGGUGGUGGGAAGAUGCGUUGGAUGGGCCGAUAGAAGAGCAACGAAAAGCGAAUCUCGAAGUCCUUGAUUCCGUUAGGAGAGGGAUGGAAGGGGCGAGAUCCAUUGGUUAGUUACUGAAAAAAAAUCCUAUAUUAUUGAAGCUAGUUCGACAUUCACUAAAUCAACGUAACUCACACUUCGUCUGGACUCAACCCUGUUGUUGGGCAUGGCUAUAAGGCUUUUUUCUCAUUAGUCAAGGCAACCUCACUUACAUACGGAUCGUUCCCGCCGAGUACAUGAGCCUUUUUCCAAUUUAUUGUUGGCCCAAUUCGAGAUCAG